AACACCCCUCCAACCCUCUCUCUCUCUCAUACUCUCUCUCUCUCUACAUGGCCGAGACGUCGGAGGGCCGCCGGAGGGGCUCCGGAAAGCGCGCAAUGGCCGCAGGCGAUGCCGCGGUGCCCCCGGUUAUGGCGCCGGCGCCGUGUGGGGCGUGCAAGUUCUUGAGGAGGAAGUGCAUGAGCGGGUGCAUCUUUGCUCCGCAUUUCGGGACGGACCAGGGCGCGGCCCGGUUUGCGGCCGUGCACAAGGUGUUUGGGGCAAGUAACGUGUCGAAGCUGUUGCUGCACAUUCCGGUGAGCCGGCGGAGUGAUGCCGUGGUGACAAUAUCUUACGAAGCCCAGGCCAGAUUGUCGGAUCCGGUUUAUGGUUGUGUGUCAACUAUACUUGCUUUGCAGCAACAGGUGGCAUCUCUCCAAGCCGAGCUUGCAAUGGUCCACACCCAGUUGCUAAACAGCAGGAUAGCAGUAGCCAAUGCCUUCCAAAACACAGAACACCAUCAACACCAACACCAGCAGCAACACCACAUUGCAGCGCUGCAGCCGGCCUACUCCAACCACUCCUCAAACUCACACCACCUAGGCCUCCUCAACACCAGCACGAGCAACUUCAACUCGAAUUUCGACCUUGUGUCGGGCGGUGGGGAAACGGCCCCGUCUUCGCACAGUUUCGAGCCUCUUCCGGUUUCGCGACCGCGAGAAGAUCAGGAGGACGAAGACGAGGACGAGAGUCGGGAUCCGGUGCCGUUUGCUGAUCAGAUACUUCGUUCGAGAUAGUGACUUAAUUAAUUCUCUGCUCAAUUUCCUCUUCUUUUUUUUUUUCAUUUUUUGUUGAAUAAUUGGCCGUUAUGCCAAAGCAAAACAUAUGUAUUGGCUAAUUAAUAACAACCGUCAUAUCCCUGGU